CGCCCGUAGAUCAGUGGCGCCAGCGCAACAGAGAGAAGAGCGGAGAAGGAGGGUGAGCUGACGGACAACCGGCCAAGAGUUAGAAAGCAAGCGAUCCAGACGCAAAUUUAUACGGGAAUCUUCUCUUCCCAGCUUCGGGUAGAUAAAAAAAUAGUAACGGCGUCUCGGGUGGCGUGCUUUGCAUCAACGUGCAGGGGCUCACAGCAGCGCUGCCACAGGACAAGCCCCGCUCGCUAAGAGCAGCCAGCUAAGCUGUCAGGCUGGAGUCCGUCAUAAUGGCAGAGUCAGAGACUGAGUGCGACACGCCGGGGCUCGACACCCUGGGCUCUGAGUGUGUCAUACCGCAUAGUCAGGUCACUGAGGUGCACUAUACGUCAGGAUCUGAGAUCAUGGCUCUGGAAGUGAAGCGAGAGCAUGAUCUGGACCACAUUCACGGCGCCCACCUGUCUAAGAUCGACAUGGGCUCUGUUUCUUGUGUGGAUUCCGACCAGAGCAUAACAGAGACGGAUCACGAUUAUUCAAAAGCAGAGCACCAGACAGACCUGCAGUGUUACACCGGGGCUGAAAUCAAGUGUGUGACCAGUGAGAGCCUGCUGGGUGACAUCAUGAAGACGCAGAUAGGUGGGGAAGAUACCACACACAUAAUCAAGGCAGAUGACCAGGCACUAAUGGUGGAGACGGAAAAUGGUGUGGUGAUCCAUGAGGCUCAGAGACUGAUUUGCAAUGAGUGUGGGGAGCUGUUUGACAGUGCCUCUGACCUCCACCAGCACUAUGAGAUUCACAAAGCGGCCGCCCCCUACUGCUGCAUCCAGUGUGGCGAGAGUUUUGCAGUGGAGUCCAGUCUGAGGGAGCACCUAAAAAUCCACUUGAAGGAGAGGCCGUACGGUGCAGGGGUGGAGGUGGUUGGCAAGAGUUGCAUGGAUGCCUUCGGACUGAAGGCCCACUCGCUGAUCCAUACCCCCGAUAAGCCUCACCACUGCUCUGAGUGCGGCAAGAGCUUUGCAGCAGCCAUCACCCUGCGGGAGCAUAUGAAGUUGCAUUCGGAGGAGAAGCCCUACAAGUGCUCACAAUGUCGCAAGAGCUUCAUCCGCCGGCGCCACCUGAAGAAACACCAGGAGAUGCACGCCCGCGAGAAGCCGUACAGCUGUGGCCAGUGCGGCAAGUGUUUUACCGCAGCGUCCAACCUGAAGCAGCACCAGAGGGUCCAUGUGGGUGGUCCCGGCCCUGGCGACAAACCCCACCGCUGCACACAGUGUGGCAAAUGCUUCGCCGCAGCUGCUACCUUGCGGGAGCACGAACGGGUACACUCGGGCGAGAAGCCCUACAAGUGUACCAUGUGCCGCAAGAGCUUUGUGAGGAGACGUCACCUCAAGAAGCACCAGCAGAUCCACUCCGGCGGGAAGCCCUACAGAUGCUCCCAGUGCGAUAAGAGCUUCAACCACUCCUCCUCUCUGUCCCGGCAUCACCGCAUCCACCAGGAUGACAAAAUGUACAGCUGCACCCCAGGGGGGAAAGCAUUUCCAUUUGCCUCGAACCUAAAGCGCAGCAUGCAUCCGGGAGAGAAGCCAUACAGCUGUAGCCAUUGUGAGAAAAGCUUCAAUCACUCGUCCUCCUUGUCGAGGCACCAAAGAACUCACCUAGAUGGACAGACAUACAGCUGCGAUCACUGCGGCAAACACUUCAACCACUCCUCCUCACUGGCCAGGCACCAGCGGGUUCAUCUGGAUGAGAAGGCCGUGUACACGGCUGCCCAGGCAGAGAAGGGCUUCCCUCACACCACUAUCCUGAAACACCAGCGCAUUCUCGACGCAGAGAAGCCCUAUCGCUGCUCCCAGUGCGGGAAGGGCUUCAAUCAUUCAUCCUCUCUGUCACGACACCACCGGAUCCACCUAGACCAGUGAUGCAUGGGUGGGCGGGCAGGUGCGUCCUGUUGGCUCAGGCGCCUCCCGUCACGCUCCACUCCUUAGCUACUCCAGGUAUACGAAGCUGCACCGGAUGAGUGACCCUUCUGACAGUCCAGACUAUUGGGCCGCGACUCGCACUCGAUGUCAGGAGAAAUAACCUUUUGCUGACAGCUUGACGUUGGGUGCCGGGCUGUGUUCAGGCAACACGCAGAUAACCCUGAACACGUCUCGCGUGAGAUUCUGCUCGCGCCUCGCAGAGUGUUCUGCCUGCCCGCCUGCCUCAAAGUUACCAUUGACUUAUCACAAAUUGAUGUGGACGGUGCGAUUUCCUACCUUCCGGUUCUUUGUGGACUGUAAUGGUGUAAAUAGUUUGUCGGUAGGUACUCUGGGUUGUUCUGGCCUGUUUACCUGUGGGGUUGUCAUGUCCCGUUAAGGGGGAUUGUUGAGUGGAUUCAGAAAGCUGUCAGCAAAGGAUUAAGACUCCAAGCGGCACGGAUUCUGUCAUCUGGGUGUUUUCCCGCGUGGAGAGCCCCGGGCCGUGUCCCUUCGAGAUGAGUCCACGCGCCUGCAACUCAGCCCUCUUUAACUUUCUCUCCACAUCUACGUGGCACUUGUCUGCCGAGCGCCUGGCACCGUCCAGUGGCGGAUUGGAUGCUGGCUCGUGCGUGGGGGGGUUGUUGUGAUCCUGUGGCAUUCUGAAAACUCCUUCAGAGAGGCCCCAGCCAGGUCCCUGGUACUGUAAUACCAAAUGUAUGCUAUAACAAUAUGUGGUUGUGUAUAUUAACACAUUCAGAAUAUUCCUUGCAAUUGCUUUGGAAACAAUGAAUUAGCAUUGUAUAGCACAUAGUUAACGUUUAUUCAGAAUACAUUCUACAGGCUAUCCAGUUUGACUGUGUUAUAGAUCGUAGUGUGUACUUAUCAAGACAAAUAGCAUAGCUCGCUUUUACUGAGACCUUAGCAUCUUCAGAUGUCCAAUUCCAUUGGUUUGUGCUUUCUACUUACUGUCCUGUGUACGAUUAUUUUACAUACAUGGGUUUUUUUAGAAUAUCAUUUGGAUUAUUGAAAGGGAAACGAAUGGGAUGUUUUUAUGGGGGUGUGAGCGUUCUUAUUUGCUUUGGGCUAAUUGUGCUUUAGCGCGUAGCAUAGACUUAAUCAUUGUGUUAGAGAUAGGUGCCUUAUUGCAUGCUGUGUAGAAUUGUAUGCCAAGCUGUUGAUGAAAAUAUUUGUAAGGUUUUGGCUAGCUCUUUUUGUUCCUAAACAUACUAACCUAUGUUUUCCUUUGACUUCAUUGAUACGUUUAUUUUGGUUUGGCUUCUAUGUAUAUGAAAUGUUUCCAAUAUGUUACUAUUGUCUUUUAAUUUUCCUGUCUAUUGAUUGGCAACAGUGUAGAUAAUUAGAGUAAGUAAACAAUCUGGUUGGUCCAUACUUUUGAUUGGCCUCUGACUGCAGAGGCCCCCCAUUAUUCCAGCUGUCUCCCAGGUUUGGAGUGACACACGUGUGGAUAAAUAAAGGUUGUUGACUGUU